ACCCACCUCCCUCAUUUAACCACUUCCCUCCUAUAAUUAACCAGAACAAAAAGAAAGCCAAAAAGCCGCCAAAUCCGUUUGUUUCUCGAGAAAAUUCAAGCUAUCAAAAUACUCGAUCCAAUCAGCAGAGUGAAUUUUUCAUCUCUUCCUUCUUCUUUUUUCAGUUUUGUUGACAGAGAGUUAGACAGGUUAGUAUUGAUACAAGAAUGACGUCGGGGACGAGAAUGCCGACGUGGAAGGAGCGAGAGAACAAUAAGAGAAGAGAAAGGAGAAGGAGAGCGAUCGCAGCGAAGAUCUAUUCAGGACUUAGAAUGUACGGGAAUUAUAAGCUACCAAAACACUGUGACAAUAAUGAAGUGCUUAAAGCUCUCUGUAAAGAAGCUGGUUGGACUGUUGAAGAGGAUGGCACUACUUAUCGAAAGGGAUGCAAACCUGUGGAACGCAUGGAUAUUAUGGGAGGUUCUGCAUCAGCUAGUCCAUGUUCAUCAUACCAUCGAAGUCCAUGUGCAUCCUAUAAUCCAAGCCCAGCCUCAUCAUCUUUUCCAAGUCCUGUUUCAUCCCAUUAUGCUGCCAACGCUAAUGGUAAUGCUGAUCCCAAUUCCCUCAUCCCAUGGCUCAAAAACCUCUCCUCUGGCUCAUCAUCAGCCUCUCCCAAGCAUCCUCACCAUCUCUUCAUUCACACUGGUUCCAUAAGCGCUCCUGUUACCCCUCCAUUGAGCUCCCCAACUGCACGAACCCCACGUACCAAGAAUGACUGGGAUGACGCAGCUGCUGGCCAAUCUUGGAUGGGACAGAACUACUCAUUCAUGCCCUCAUCUAUGCCCUCGUCUACCCCACCUAGUCCUGGCCGUCACGUCCUACCAGAUUCAGGUUGGCUAGCUGGUAUCCAAAUUCCCCAAAGUGGACCCUCGUCACCAACAUUUAGUCUUGUAUCACGGAAUCCAUUUGGCUUUAGAGAGGAGGCUUUAUCAGGUGCAGGAUCACGAAUGUGGACUCCUGGACAAAGUGGGACAUGCUCUCCAGCAAUGCCGGCAGGCAUUGAUCAGACAGCCGAUGUGCCAAUGUCGGACAGUAUGGCAGCCGAGUUUGCAUUUGGAAGCAAUGCAGCAGGAUUGGUGAAACCUUGGGAAGGAGAGAGGAUCCAUGAGGAAUGUGUUUCUGAUGAUCUUGAGCUUACACUAGGAAACACAAAUACCAGAUAGGGAGAUCAAUGGAGGAGGGGGUUGAAUGAGUUAUCCCUUUAUCUCUCCAUUUGGCUUCUCGAUUCCCAUCAGGCUGUCAUGUCAAUAACUUUGUGUUGUGCAUCUUUCGGUCGAUAAAGCAGCUGAGUUAGAAGUACAGUGAGUAGGAGCGCCUGUUCAUUUUUCUUUUCCUUAUUCCUUUUCCCAACAAAAGAAAGAACUGAAAAUUAAAUUAUAAAUAGUUCAUGGUGGUGACUUUUCCCCUUCAGUUGAAUUCAUUCGUCACCCUCUUUUUCCUUUUGGAAUUCUUUUUUGCUCUUUCUUUUCGGAAAAAAAAGAGAGGAGAAGUUCCCGUCAUAGCCUUGAUUACUUGUUUGGUGUGAGUCCUGUUUUGUUAUUGAAAGUGAAGUUUAUUUCAAUUCUUUACUGAUUA